GCUAUCAAUCCACUCACCUCUUCUCAUAUGGAAUCUACUGUGACUCGAUUAUUGGUCGCAACUAAGCAGCUACUUGAAAGUCUCACUGAUUGGUCGCAUGGUAGGAUCGAUGAAAGUUGUGUAUCUGAUAUUUACGUAAGAUUAGGGAAUGAGUUUAAUGCUGCAAGUCUAGCAUUCUCCAAAGAAGGUAUUGAUAUGAAUGAUUUAAAUUCGGUUCCAGACGAUUUACGAAAUUGUCUCGAAGCAGCUUUAUCUGAAGAUGCCUCACCUAUGACAUUAGAACAGCACUUACCUCAAAUACGACAGAUUGUAGUUCAUUUACUUCAAGGGUUGAAAGUCAAACAAUCAAAAUGGAGGGCAGCUAAACGACAACAAGAAAUCGAUCAGGCUCAUACCUCCAUAGGCUCUCUUCCUAAUCGACCUCCCGGUCGUGAUAAUCUUCCUCCCGAUCGUCCAACUGGAGCUUAUCCGUCUUCUGUUCGGGCUAUUCCUGUUAGUCGAACUUUAUCUGCGGCCAAAAGUCGAGAAGAUCUUCGGAGGAGUGCAGUCAGCUCCUCACCCAAUGCUCAGGAUUUUCAUCGAUCAUCACGACCAGCUAGUAACAGAGCCUCUCCUCCACCCCCAGGUCCACCUCUACCGACCAACACGGCUAGUGCUUUUCAUAAUGCAAGCAAUCCAGCUACCUAUGCUAUACCCAUACCUCCAGUUCCACCACCACCACGGCCGGAUCAUCUAGCCCAAGCAUCGUCACUUGAAGCGCUACGGAAGACUGACACCUUACAACGAAGGGCUUCUAAACGGUUUUCUACCUAUACAUACAACAAGAUCGCAGCCACUACUUCACCUCACAAAAGGUCUGGUGAAGUUACGAGUACACCCAAUACAAAUACUAUCCAUUCUAGUACAGCUCAAGAUUCACAUACGAGUACUACGCCUACAAUCUUUCUUCAGCUAGGUAGAGAUGUUAAGAAGGCAAAAUUAGAAACAUCACCUACGAUUGCAUCUUUGAGGAUACUUUUCAUGGAACGCUUUCAGUAUAGUCCUGGACUCGACGAUUUUCCAACGAUCUACAUUAGGGAUCCUCAGUGUGGUGUUCAGUAUCAAUUAGAAGAUAUGAAUGAGGUAAAAGAUCGGGUAGUUCUUAGCUUGAAUAUUGAUGGUAUGUCUUAUUCUCUCAAAUCUGUGAAAUCGCACAUAGAUACAGGUCUGUCAGGAUUGGCUAGGGAAUUGAAGGAUCUUAAAUCAUCAAUCACUACCCUUCGACGUCAAUCUAAUGUGGCACGACAUAUGCUACAACGUGUGAAUACUGGUCAAAGUACCUCCACUGAAGUUGCUUCUAUUGCACCUCGAACUAUAACCGAAAUUCCUAUGGCUACAGUCACUUCACCUGUUGGAUCACCUGCUCAACCUAACUCGGCUGUUAGUUUCUCAGAACUUAGGUUACAACAAAUCUCAAGUACAUUUAAGAAUCAGUUUACAGAAGUACAAGAUUUAAGACGAGAGCUUGGAGUGUUAAGACAGAUGUAUAGUACAUUUAGUGGAGAGACUAAAGAUAUGAUUGGUACACUUCGAUCACAAGCAGAACAAGUGAAACAAGUAGCAUCUACUAAGAUUGCAGCACCGCGGACUUCAAUUAAUGUAGGAAAAGUUAAACUUGAGACUCGUAGUCAAGAUUUAGUGACGAAGAUUGAAUCCUUACAAGAUACAGUAGAAGAUUUAAAACAAGAUGUUACUAAUCGAAAGAUCAGACCUAGACCUGCCACGAUGAAAUCAGUAGCUGAAUCGAUCAAUGCGGUGAAUUUAGAUUUAGAAGAACUUACAUCCCAAAUCACUCAAUUGAAACCAUCAUGGAAGAAAUCAUGGGAAGAAGAAUUACAAAACAUAGUAGAUGAACAACAAUUAUUGAAUUAUCAAGAAGAUUUAGUGAAAGAUUUGAAAGAAGAUUUAACGGCCGUUUCAGGAUUGUUUGGACAUGUUAAAGAUUAUUUAGACGUAAGAAAAGUCAGUAAGUUCAAACCUAGAGAGUUUAUUCCGAUUGGUAAUAACAGUUUUGGAGGAGGAGGAGGAUUGAAUUCGAUUGGAGGUAAUCCUAGGGAUGGAUUAGAUACAGUUUUAAUGCAAGUCAAAGCCUUAGAACCUAAAUCAGAACCUAGAUUGAAAGCCAUUGAAGCAGCGGAAAGGAUGAGAGAAAAGAAUUUAAAGGAAUCAGGGAAAGAUGAUGAGUUUGCGAUCGAAUUAGCCGGAUUUGUGGGAGGCAAAAAGUUAAAGAUGACAGGUGGUACAGAAGAAACUGAAAGGAUGAGA